AUGCUGGCGUCGCUCGAAAGGAAAGCUGACGUGGCGUCGCUGUCGCAGCAGCAGACGACUUGCUCGUGCUACCGCGUGCGCAAUGAUUACUGCUGCUACCAGUACAUGUGCAAAUGCUCGCCCAUGUGCUGGAACGGCUACCAGCCCAAGUGCGCGCCAGCAACAGAGCACGCACCUCCCCCACCCGGCCAGCCACCCGUGCUCACCCCUGUGAGCUGCUCACAGCAACAGACGUUCCGCAACGCUCUCUCAGAGACUUUCGGAGGGGGCCUGGGCGUGCGGAGUGCAGGGGGAGCGGGAGGUGGAAGGGGGGACGGAGGGGAGGGCGGAGAUGGGCGCGGAGAGGCGGGCGGAGGGGGAGGUGGGGAAGGGUGGUUGGGGAGCCGUAGCGGUGUGGACUGGCGGUUUGGGCAGACGAUGCUGCAGACGCUUAUCCAGAGCGAGACCAACAUUGCUCACUUCUCUGGACCUUCAGCAGAGAACCUCUCCCACGCUGCUCCUGGCCACCAACUUCACAGCGCCCGCUGCACUGCAAUUCCUAGACUUGCGUCGUGCCUUGAGGGAAGCAGAGAAGGUCCUCACUCUGUCGCUCGCCUCACCCUGUCGCUCGCCUCACCCUGUCGCUCGCCUCACCCUGUCGCUCGCCUCACCCUGUCGCUCUCUCCCAUCUUCCUCGCAGAGAAUGUCCUCACGCUCCUCCUGGCCAACAACUUCACAGCAGAUCUUGGUUCAACUCGAAACCCCCCUCCCCCCUCUUCCUCCCAACCUCCCUUCCCUUCACCCCCAAUCUCCCUUCCGCGCAGAGAAGGUUCUCACGCUCCUCCUGGCCAACAACUUCACAGCACCCGCUGCACUGCAGUCCCCUGUGACUCGCUUCAUGCUCUGAGGGAUGCUUGCCCCCCUCUCACACUGUCUCUCUGUGCUCCCUGUCCUGUCCCGCCGCUCCCCCUUCCUCCAGAGAAGGUCCUCACGCUCCUCCUGGCCAACAACUUCACAGCACCCGCUGCACUGCAAUCCACCGUGACUCACUCUGGCACAUGCUACCCCACCUUCCCUCUCUCCUUUCCACCCCUUGCUUACAACACCCAACCUCCACAUGCUCCUGGCCAACAACUUCACAGCAGGUUUUGGUUCGACUCGAAACCCCCCUCCCUUGUCUUCCUCCCAACCUCCCUUCUUCCUAUUUUAACCAACUUCCCUUUGCAGAGAAGGUCCUCACGCUCCUCCUGGCCAACAACUUCACAGCACCCGCUGCACUGCAAUCCACCGUGA